AUGCCUGCAGAAUCGAACCACGGCGAUGGCAGUCACAUCUAUGGCUUUCCAAACACAUCUGGUCAGGAUAGACAUAUCCAGAACAUAAUAAGUCACACCGACGCUCUGUUCCCUGACCGCACCUUGGACUUGCCUUUCUCGCUGAGAGGUGUCGGGCGGGAGGCUCAGUUUCCAAACCCGAUCGGGCAGGAAUCGGCCCAAGAAGGAGAGGCAGAUGCUGGUUAUCUAGAUGACUUUGAUCUCCAACUGCUAGGCCGCCAUUCUACGUCCUCUUACUCGUGUAAUACCAACACUCCAACAUCGCGGGUAUCUCUGCCCAGGAACCACGUGGCAUCCACUCAUCAUCAGCCUCGUGUUAUUGGAGAUGCGAGUCACCACUUCCGGCCCUUUGUUCCUCGUAGUGAGGUUUAUCAGACUCCUCAAUUCAUCAGCAAUCCUAUCAAUAUUAACCAGCUCAACCCGAGUCCAGCGUCACGUCACAUAUUUGAUCAAGACAGAUCUCAUCGGGUGUCAGAGCUUCAGACUGGCUCUCAACUGGUCACGCCUCCAUUUUACGCAGUGAAACAAGACCGAGUGACGCCUCAACCACACAGCUCGUCCCCGUUAUUGGGUACAUCUAGUCCAUCUGCUCGACUUGCUCUCAGGAAAAGAGAACACAGAAGUGUCGUUGAACCUCAUGGGUCACAAUCAUGUUCCUCCAGCAACAUCAAGCUGAGCCUAGAUCAUGCACCCACGGAGUUAACCCCGAAGGUUGCUGGCGCCCGUCUUGUCAACCCCCGCCAAGCCCUUCCAGACAAAUGCGCGGCCGUCUUCCCAUAUGAACUUUUCAAUGCUGUUCAGUCCAAGAGUUUUCCCUUGGUCUAUGGGUCAAACGACAAUGUCGUCAUAUCCGCCCCGACUGGCAGUGGCAAGACAGUCGUUCUAGAGUUGGCUAUCUGCAAACUGGUUACGUCAACUGACGGCGAAAACUUCAAAAUUGUCUACCAAGCACCGACCAAGUCACUUUGUUCGGAACGCGCAAGGGACUGGGAUAGAAAGUUCAGUCAUCUCAAUCUUCGGUGCAUCGAGCUAACGGGGGAUACCUCACAAGCUGAGGCAAAACGCGUGGGGAGUGCCUCCAUCAUCAUCACCACACCGGAGAAGUGGGAUUCAAUCACCAGAAAGUGGUCCGACCAUCGGAAGCUUUUGGGAAUGAUCCGGCUAGUUCUCAUUGAUGAGGUUCAUAUACUCAAGGAUGUGAGAGGUGCCACGCUCGAGGCUGUUGUUUCCCGAAUGAAGACAAGCGGCGCAAACGUUCGCUUCGUUGCCUUGAGUGCGACAGUCCCAAACAUCACCGACAUUGCAACCUGGCUUGGGAGAGAUCACGCACAUCAACACGAACCAGCCAAGUGGAUCAGUUUUGGAGAGGAGAUGCGCCCAGUGAAACUGAAGAAACAUGUCUACGGUUAUGACAAUGCAGGGAACGAUUUCAUAUUUGACAAGACUUUGGACGGCAAACUGAACCUCCUGGUGGCGAAAUACUCCGAGAGGAAACCCAUAAUUGUGUUCUGCUUUACCCGGAAAUCUUGUGAGCACACUGCACAGAAGAUGGCUGAGUGGUGGACUACUGUUCAGCCCGAAGAAAAGCCAUGGCCGGCACCUACUUCAAGAGUCCCAGUAGUGAGUAAAGAGCUGCAGGAGAUUGUUCGUUACGGCGUUGCUUUCCACCACGCUGGGUUGGAUGUCCAAGAUAAAGCAUCCAUUGAAAGCCACUACCUGGCCGGCCAGCUUCAUGUGAUAUGCUGCACUUCAACGUUAGCAGUGGGGGUCAAUUUGCCUUGCCACACAGUUGUCUUGAAGGGCACCACUGCGUAUACCGAUGACGGCCCCCAAGAGUACUCAGAUCUGGAAGUUAUGCAGAUGCUUGGUCGCGCUGGUCGGCCACAGUUCGACAGGAGCGCCACGGCCAUAAUUAUGACCAGGUCCUGCAAUGUCCAAAGAUAUGAACGCAUGGUCUCGGGACAGGAAGUCCUUGAGAGUAAGCUGCAUCUCAAUCUUAUCGAGCAUUUAAACUCGGAGGUGGGUUUAGGUACCAUUGGGGAUCUGGAAUCGGCGAAGAGGUGGAUCUCUGGCACCUUCUUGAAUGUUCGAAUGCGAGAAGCGCCAGACCAUUAUCACCUCAAUAUCCCACAGACGAAUGGGGCAGACACGAGCUCAGAAGAAAGACUUCAGUCUUGGUGCGAACGAGACAUCAAGCUCUUACAGCAACAUUCCUUGAUUACUGAGGAGAAUCCCCUAAGUUGCACCGAAUAUGGAGUUGCGAUGUCUCGGUACAUGGUCCCGUUUGCAACCAUGCAAAUCCUAUUAGCCAUUCCGGUAGCUGCAGAUCUCGAACACUUGCUCGUAUCGCUCUGUAAAACAAGAGACUUUAGAGACUUUCGUUUCCGCCCAGCUGAGAAAACAACCCUUCGUACCAUGAAUCAAUCGGUAAUGUUUCCAAUUAAGGGUACCAUCAGCGACACUUGGCACAAGAUAUUCUUGAUGGUGCAGGUACACCUUGCAGCGCUGGAAUUACCACCUGGCAAGGAGACAGACAUUAUCAAGCGCCAGACUGCCAUCGAGAAACGCCUUAUCUUUGACCGGCUGAACCGCCUUGUGCGAUGUGUGAUAGACUGCAAAGUGGCUGAUGGGGAUGGCCCUGGUGCGAGAGUCGGACUUGAACUGGCUCGAGCCCUUAUGGCAGACUCAUGGGAAGCACAUCCUGCACAGCUUCGACAAGUCAAUGGUAUUGGCCCUGUGGCCAUGCGGAAGCUCACGUCGCACGGCAUUGAAAACGUCCUGGAACUUGCAGGUCAGGAAGCUCAGGAUCUUGAGAGAAUUAUGAGCAGGAAUCCUCCCUACGGAAAGAACAUGCUGAAGCUGCUUGAUGGAUUCCCGCGAUUGACAAUGCAUGCUGAACUCGUCAAAUCAUCACAAAUGACCUGGACCAGGACUGAAGACACUGUGAGCGUGAUGGUCAAUGUACGGAUUGGAUUUGAAAACUCGAAAAGUCCCAGUUGGAAAGGCAAAAGCCCCGCAGUCGCACUCCUGGUUGAAACGACCAGCGGUGCGUUGGCAUACUUCUGGCGCAACAACAUAUCGACUAUCAAGGAUGGCUUGAAUUUGCAAUUUCCUGUGGCAGUGCGUGAGUCCACAGAGAACGUCACCUGUUUCUUCAGCUGCGAAGAUAUUGUGGGAACUCAGGUCACCGAAACCAUUUAUCUAGAUGUUCCUGCUUCAGUCUUCCAGGAUUUACCUAAGCGACAUGGAACAGACCGGGCUACAUCGAGCAGUUUUCAAGACUCUUCUUAUGACGAAGGUUUGGCCGAUCAGGAUAUGCUAGAUGCUCUCGACACUGAAUAUCUAAGCCUGCCGUGCCUCGAGUACCAGUCUGCCAGGUUUGACAAGGACUUCCCCGAUAUCGAUAAUGUCUUGGAUGUUACAAAAGAGAUUGACGUAAAUGAACAAUUUGAGACCGAGAUAUGGACUCCGGUUCAACUGGACAAUGGCAGGUGGAUGUGCAACCAUCAUUGCGCUGGUGGCGAGCUUACGAAAAAUGGGAAGCCUUGCUCUCACAAAUGCUGCCACGAGGGAUUGGAGAAGCCGAGGCCGCCUCCACACAAGAAGAAGGCUCCAAGCAAAUCGUUGGAUGUGACAGAUCAGGCAUCUGCAAACGAAAACACACGUCAUCAACCCCGAGAAGCAGAUGUAGGCACGGCCAGAUGCGGAUUUUCUGCUCAGUUGCCAAAGUCGACAAAAAGAUCGGAGUCUCUGGGGCUGUCACAGCUUGCCCCUGACCCAAGCGGGCAAGUCAAGCCACCAAAACCCUCAUUGAAGAGAGUCUUCUCGCCACCCGCGGACUUGGGUAAUCAAAGGAAGAAGCCUCGCUCCACUGUGUGGAUGCAAGAAAUCGACGGCAACGGCAACGGCGAGUACAUUGAUUUGUGCGCUGCUACGGAUGAGGAAGAAGAUAACCUCCAGACCAAUCAUUUUCAAGUCAAAGGAAACCGGAAUAACCUCCAGAAACUGGACCAUCUUCAUAGCCGGGUCCAAUCAGGUGGUAUUGGAUCCACGCGAUUGACGAAACCUUGCAACCCAGUGGGCAACUCAAGCACUAAGGAUCAGUCCAUUCAUACAUCCCACUAUGAGAGCAAAACAUUUGAGGAUGAGGCUGAAGAAUUUCCAGAUAUUUAUGAAUUGGUUCGCAAUGCAGAAGGUGGUCAUGAGAUGGGACGCUCUGGAAAGAACUGGAAAGGUAAUGAAACCUUGUGCCCUAGCGUCGUUGAGUCGUACAAGGAAAGUAAAGAAAACGGUUGGGAGCCAAGCCUCAGCUUUACUACGGUCAGUGAACUUGAGAAGGCUUCCCAACGUUUCGAUAUCGAGGCCCAAAGUAAAGACGGUGUGUGCGACAACCAAGAUAACCCGUCGCUCACAUUGCCUGGUGCGUUUCAGUCUUCCAACGAAGGACCAAGUACGUUGGAAAUGAGUCCAAGCAGUAACCUACAGCAAUUUAACGGAGGAACCGCUUCAGGCCCAUUGGAUAUCGAAACGGACAGAGAGCCGUUGAUCUUUGACGUGGAUCCUUUCCAAGUCGCCGUUGAUGUCCCGAAGUCAAGCACACCCUUCACAGCCCUAGAGCCAAUACCGAAUCCACUGGUCAACCGUCUGCCAGACGAACCAGCUUGGGUAUCAGAAUUCGAUCCAGAGUUGAUUGAUAUGUUCAGAGGCCACGUUGAGUUCGUGGAUUGA